UUUUAUCACAAGGAAAGAAAGCCUUGACCUGCUUUCUUUCUUUCUCUGCUGCCACCCAUUUUGGAGAGCCAGCAGCAACUACAUGCAGCCUGCUGGGGCCAUGGAGGUCAGCACCGAGGAGGAGGCCGCUGACAACAUGGCUGCGGCCGCCUCUGCUGCCCAGGACGAGCUGAAUCAGCUUGAACGUGUCUUUUUGCGUCUUGGCCAUGCAGAAACAGAUGAACAAUUGCAAAAUAUUAUAUCCAAAUUCCUACCCCCUGUUCUUCUGAAGCUUUCUAGUACACAGGAAGGAGUGCGCAAGAAGGUUAUGGAGCUACUAGUUCACCUGAACAAGCGUAUCAAGAGUCGCCCUAAAAUCCAGCUUCCAGUGGAGACCUUACUUGUCCAGUACCAGGAUCCUUCUGCAGUGUCCUUUGUUACAAAUUUUACAAUCAUAUAUGUUAAGAUGGGUUACCCUCGUUUGCCUGUGGAAAAGCAAUGUGAAUUGGCUCCCACUCUCCUUACUGCAAUGGAAGGAAAACCUCAACCCCAACAAGACAGCCUAAUGCACCUUCUAAUACCAACCCUUUUUCACAUGAAAUACCCCGUUGAACCUCUGAAAGCAGCUUCUCCAUUUAAUCUUGCUGAAAAACCAAAGACUGUACAGCUGCUGUUGGAUUUUAUGUUGGAUGUCCUUCUUAUGCCUUAUGGAUAUGUACUGAAUGAAUCCCAGAGUCGCCAAAGUGUGCCGACAGGGCAGGGCUCUUCUUCAUCAAAUAGUUCUGGAGGCUCUGGGAUCCCUCAACCUCCUCCUGGGAUGAGUUUUUAUGCAGCCAAGCGAGUAAUUGGAGAUAGCCCAUGGACACCUGAACAGCUGGAACAGUGUAAAUUGGGCAUUGUUAAGUUCAUUGAGGCUGAGCAGGUGCCUGAACUUGAAGCUGUCAUACAUUUGGUCAUUGCCUCCAGUGACACACGGCACAGUGUGGCCACAGCAGCAGACCUUGAACUUAAAAGCAAGCAAAGUUUAAUUGACUGGAAUAAUCCAGCCAUCAUCAACAAACUGUAUAAAGUGUAUCUUGGGGACAUACCACUAAAAACCAAGGAGGGGGCAGUUCUGAAACCCGAACUGAAACGUGAUCCAGUCAGCACACGUGUUAAAUUAAAGAUUGUCCCUCAUCUUUUGCGUUCCAGACAGGCUGCAGAAACAUUUCCUGCAAAUAUUCAGGUUGUUUAUGAUGGACUGUUUGGUGCAAAUACCAAUGCAAAACUAAGAACCUUAUCUCUUCAAUUUGUGCAUCAUAUUUGUGUGAUUUGCCCAGACAGUAAGAUCAAGCCAUUAGGUCCAAUGCUUCUGAAUGGACUCACAAAACUGAUUAAUGAAUAUAAAGAGGACCCCAAAUUACUGUCAAUGGCCUAUUCAGCUGUUGGAAAACUGUCCAGUCGAAUACCUCAGCUGUUCACCAAGGACCUGGCAUUAGUUCAGCAGUUUUUUGAAGCCCUUUCUAAGGAAGAACCUGAUACUAGACUUGCUAUUCAGGAGGCCUUGUCUAUGAUGGUUGGAGCAUACACCAGUUUAGAAGGAGCACCACGCACUCUUAUGGAGGCACUAGUGGCUUCUAACCUGAUUAAGCCUCAAGUCCAAGUACGUCAGGUGGCUGUAAAAUUCGCCAGCACAGUGUUUCCAUCAGAUCACAUUCCUUCGAGAUACUUACUUCUUUUAGCUGCAGGAGAUCCGCGGGAGGAGGUACACGGAGAAGCACAACGUGCACUGAGAACAUUUCCUAGUAAAAAUGAAAAAGAAAGUGCUGGUAAACAGAUGCCUUCAUUUCCAGAAAUGGUGCAGUAUAUCCAAGAGAAGGCUUCUCAUAGAAUGAAAACUCCUGCUAAAUACAUGACUGGGACUACAGUCAUGCCUUUCAACCCAGCUACCUUUGGAGAGAUAGUGCUGUACCUUCGAAUGUGUCUUGCUCAUAGUGCUGGUGUGGUGCCCACCUCUCAGAGUUUAGCGGAUAUGCAAGAUCAUGCCCCAGCCAUUGGCCGUUAUAUAAGAAAUCUCCUGUCUGGACAUGUUAUAACAUCCUCAACCUCAAAGGGUGGUGAAAGCAACCCUGUGCAGAUCUAUAUAAGUCUCCUUCAGCAGCUGCUCUCUGGUGUUGGAGGUUUGCCAGUCAUGUACUGUUUGUUGGAGGUUAUUUCAGUCUAUCCUGAAAAACUAGCUACAAGAUUUAUUGACAAAAUGGAUUGGAUAAAGAGCCUUAUGAAUACUAACAAAGAAGAAAUGAGGGAGCUGGCUGCUCUAUUUUAUUCAGUAGUGUUGUCAACAGUUUCAGAAAAUGAAUUUAAAACAUCUGUUCAGCAUCUGAUAAAAACAGCAAAGGACAAUCAUAAUUUAGAAAUGCAGCAUGGGUCCUUGUUGGCUCUAGGAUUCACUGUAGGACGGUAUUUGUCAAAGAGAAAAACGAGGAUGGUAGAAUUUCAUGACCUAGAAGACCCAAAUACUAUUAUUGUCCCAGAACAAGACCAGCUGAUAAAGUCGACAACAGAAACUAUAGGUUCUUUUUUGGAUAGUACCUCACCACUUUUGGCAGUAGCUGCAUGUACAGCACUGGGGGAAAUUGGCAGGAAUGCCCCUUUGCCCAUCCCCAGUGAAGGGACUGGAUUUACAAAGCUUCAUCUUGUCGAAAGCUUACUAGCCAGAAUUCCAUCUGGCAAGGAAACCAAUAAGAUGAAGGAAAGAGCUAUACAAACACUAGGCUACUUUCCAGUGGGGGAUGGUGACUUUCCCCAUCAGAAGCUACUCUUACAAGGACUAAUGGAUUCUGUUGAGGCAAAGCAAAUUGAGCUACAGUUCACAGUUGGUGAAGCAAUUACUAGUGCUGCUGUAGGAACCAGCUCUGUAGCUGCCCGUGAUGCGUGGAUGGUAGCUGAAGAAGAAUAUACUCCUCCUGUUGAUGUGAAAGUUAAUGAUGUGGUUCCCUGGGUUCUGGAUGCCAUUUUGAAUAAGCACAUUGUCAGCCCAAACCCUCACAUAAGACAAGCGUCCUGUAUCUGGCUUUUAUCACUGGUGAAGAGGCUGAGCACCCACAAAGAGAUUAAGUCUCAUCUCAAAGAAAUUCAAACUGCAUUUGUCUCAAUUCUGUCUGAAAGUGAUGAACUCAGUCAAGAUGUUGCUUCUAAAGGCCUUGGUUUGGUGUAUGAGCUUGGGAAUGAACAUGAUCAACAGGAACUUGUUACAACUCUGGUUGAAACUCUUAUGACUGGAAAAAGAGUCAAGCAUGAAGUUUCUGGAGAAACAGUAAUGUUCCAGGGGUCAGGUCUUGGCAAGACUCCAGAUGGCCAGGGUCUUUCUACUUACCAGGAGCUUUGUUCACUUGCUAGUGACCUCAACCAGCCAGAUUUGGUGUACAAAUUCAUGAAUUUGGCCAAUCAUCAUGCAAUGUGGAACUCCCGAAAGGGAGCAGCUUUUGGUUUUAACGUGAUUGCUACCAAAGCUGGGGAACAACUGGCUCCUUUUCUCCCCCAACUACUUCCUCGUCUCUAUCGUUACCAGUUUGACCCUAAUAUUGGGAUUCGACAGGCUAUGACCAGCAUUUGGAAUGCACUAGUGACAGACAAAUCUGCAGUGGACAAAUAUAUGAAAGAAAUUCUUGACGAUUUAAUAAACAACCUGACCAGCAAUAUGUGGAGGAUUCGAGAGUCCAGCUGUCUAGCACUGAAUGACUUGCUGAGAGGAAGACCCUUGGAUGACAUUAUUCAUAAGCUUCCAGAAAUAUGGGAAACUCUGUUUAGAGUGCAAGAUGAUAUAAAGGAAUCUGUGCGAAAGGCAGCAGAAUUAGCCCUGAAAACAUUAAGCAAGGUGUGUGUGAAGAUGUGUGACCCAUCUAAAGGAGCUGUUGGCCAGAGAACAAUUGCUGUCCUGUUGCCAUGCCUUCUUGAUAAAGGAAUGAUGAACACAGUGACUGAAGUUCGGACUCUGAGCAUUAACACUCUGGUGAAGAUCAGUAAAAGUGCUGGAGCAAUGCUCAAACCACAUGCACCCAAGCUCAUCCCUGCUUUGUUGGAAUCACUAAGCGUGUUGGAGCCCCAGGUGCUGAAUUAUUUGAGCCUGCGUGCUACAGAGCAGGAAAAGGCUGCAAUGGAUAGUGCAAGACUAAGUGCUGCUAAAUCCUCCCCCAUGAUGGAAACUAUAAAUAUGUGCUUGCAGUAUCUGGAUGUGUCUGUGCUUGGUGAGCUGAUUCCUAGGUUAUGUGAGCUGACCAGGAAUGGAAUAGGCAUUGGCACUAAGGGUGGUUGUGCCAGUGUAAUUGUAUCACUAACUACACAGUGCCCACAAGACUUGACACCAUAUUCAGGUAAACUCAUGAGUGCUUUGCUUGGUGGUCUAACAGAUCGCAACAGUGUGGUGCAAAAAUCAUAUGCCUUUGCCAUGGGGCAUCUAGUUCGGACCUCACGGGACAGCAGCACUGACAAACUACUGCAGAAGUUGAAUAACUGGUACAUGGAGAAGGAAGAACAAAUCUAUAAAAUGGGCUGUGCAUUAACUAUUCAUGCUAUUGGACGGUAUAGCCCAGAUGUACUGAAGAAUCAAGCCAAAUAUGUCCUGCCCCUGGCCUUCCUGGGCAUGCAUGAGGUUCCUGAGGAAGAAAAAGGAGAAAAAGAAGAUAGCAACCUAUGGACGGAAGUGUGGCAGGAAAAUGUGCCUGGCACCCAUGGUGGUAUAAGGCUUUAUAUGGAGGAACUGAUAGCCAUUACCCAGAAGGCUUUGCAGUCCCCAUCUUGGAAGAUGAAAGCUCAGGGAGCAGCUGCGAUGGCAUCUAUAGCAAAGCAAACUGGCUCCUUGGUUCCACCGCACUUAGGCAUGGUGCUCACUGCUCUGUUGCAAGGCCUGGCUGGAAGAACGUGGACAGGAAAGGAGGAAUUACUGAAAGCUAUUGCCAGUGUCAUCACUUCAUGCAGUAGUAUAAUAGAUUUAGAUUUUAUUGGAUAUUGCCCUCAGUGCCUUGACCUCGUUAUUAACAACAGCAAUAGCAAUAACAUAACUCAGAAGCCUGAGCUAUCAUGGAAAGAGAAGUGUAAAACACUAACUAUUUGCUUCCUUUUAUCUUUACCAAACCAACUCCUUAUGGUCUUAUUGCAGAACUGCCCAGAGAACAUGGGAACCAGUUCACCACAGAAUGAUGAUGAUGAUGAGGAUGAAAAUGAGAAGGAACUUCAGAUGGAAUCUCUCCUCUGUGCCUUUGAGAGUUUGGGGAAAGCAUGGCCUAGAAACCCAGAAACACAGUGCUGCUAUCGACAAGAAUUAUGUACACUAAUGUGUGAACGGCUAAAACUCAGUACAUGGAAAGUUCAGCUUGGAGUCCUCCAAGCAAUGAAGGCUUAUUUUCAAGGGUUACUCUUGCUUGAAGCAGAAUACUCAGACCCAGUAGCUUUGUCAAGAAUAUUGUUGGAAACAUGUUCAUCUAUUACCCAUUCUCUUGAGAACAGAAGCUACACCUCUAUAAGAACUGAAGCCUUGUCAGUAAUAGAAGUGCUACUUUCAAAACUUGAAGAAUCCAGACAGUGGGAAAGCCUGAGCACGGAAAGUAGAGAACUCCUCCUAAACUCAUUAACAGCCCUGACUCUGGACAGCAGGCCUGAGCUACAAGAGAAAGCAUCAGUGUUGAAGAGAACCUUAGAAAAUCUUUAUUGAUUGAAAAACCAACAGAGUGCCAGGCAAAACAAAGCUAGCAAAACUGUGCACCGUGAGUUCUUGAACACUCAAAGGAGGAAACUAAAGAUGAUUUUGUAGCAUGCAUCAUUCCUUGGCUAAAAUAAAGAACACCUUGAAUUCUGUUCCCAAUUAAUUUCCUUUUCUUUUUGUUGUUUUAACCAUUUCAAGCUGUUUGGUUAGUGUGUGUGUGCAAGCCGGGCACGUAUUAAACAAAAAAAGAACUAAACUCCGUAAUGGAUUUUUGGGAAAUAUUAUGAUCUGUGUGUGUGAAUAAAGAGGGUAAGAAGCACCUUAUUAAUAAAUUAGACAAAUUGUUAGUGUGUACAUGAAAACUACUGUCGUAAAAGGAUUAACAAAGGUGAUUUUUGGGAGAAAUGGAAAGCGGUGGUCUUUCCAAAGCUUUGCCUGUACUUUCCGUUUGGUGUAAUUAUUACUUGUUACAUUAGUAGCACUGUGGGUGCCAAUAGAAGGGUGAAACAAGCUAAUAAUAAUAUAAAGAGGCCAACUUUUCUGACCUUCGUAUUGGAAUUUUCUCAGUAUGUGCUGGUUAUUCCGAUUGUCCAUAGGCUGUCAUUUCAUCAGAUGUAAAAUUGGAGUAAAUAUGAGUAUUUGAACAAGUCCAUGCCUUCCUGAGUUAAAAGUGUGGGUCAUUUCACAUAAAAAUGCACACCGGAAGCACUUUAAUUAGUUGCUUGGAAAUAAGGGUAUAUGUGGGGACAGCUUUUUUAAAAAACAGAUAAAAUGAGCCCUGCUCUUUCCCAAAGUUUAUUUACAUGAUGAACUGUACUAGCAAACCCCUUGCCUAAAAUGUUUCAAGAAUGUCCUACAUUUCCAAAGAAUGAUGUCAUAGCAGACCUCCCCUUUUGAGUUUGUAAUUCCUCUUUUGCUUUGGGAACCUGUAACCAUUCAAUGUUAUUAGGAUUAUGCAGUUAGUAACAUUACCAGCCAUAAUAUCUCCUGGUUUUUAAGAAGUACUUUUGAUUUGCACAGCAAGACAUGACAUUAUGCCCAUUAACACCUAGUAAAAAUGUGAUUGUAUUUAAUAGCGCUGUUACCCUGUCCCUUUUCUCUGUAGUAGCAGAAGAAAAAGAACAAAAAAAAUUGUUCCAAUUUUAAUAAAGAAUGUUUAGGUGGUAAAGUUAAUUUUUUAGUUUGUAUUAACUUCAGAACCAGUUUCAACAAGAAGCUGCUUAUCUUAUACACACACAAGGAAGAACUGUGGUGGAAUCUGUGCACUACCUGCUAAUAAAUAGAACAUGUAUGAUAUUCCUGUUAUGUAAGAUGGUGGCAAGAACAUGGUGUGUCUUGCAUGAAGAUCUAUACUCAGGUAGCUUGUUGAUUCACAUGUCGAAUGCCUUCUGCGGAGGAAUUUUCCAAUGUACAAACUCAUCCUCCAGAGCAGGUGAUACACUGUAGGCCUGUUCCCACAUCUGGCAGCCCCCCAAGUAAUUGUUAAACAGGGCCACCAAUGAGCCCAUGGUUCAGCUGGGGCCGUAUGUACCAAUGUCUGCAGAGAUAUGUCUGUAGCUGUUGCAGACAACCCUUUUUGAAGUUUUCUUUGUGCAAAUUCUGGAAGCUUCAUGAAAAGUUCCACUGUAGAGAUUAUGCUUCAUGCAGUUGCAGGCUUCCUAAAAUGACUUGGUAGGGUCACCAAGCUGUUCAAACCAGCCCUUAGAAAUUGGCUUGUUCAAUAUAUUCCUGAUCUUUGUAGGAAAGUUAAAUACAGGAAUGGGGAAAGUUCCAGAUAUAGUUGGACUAUGUUGUCUAUGCUGCCUAGGACUGAUGGUCCAAUAAUAUUUGGAAGGCUACACAUUUACCACCUGUUUAUCAUAUUUGAGAAGCAAGAGGAUUUUAGGGUUGCUCCGCACUUGCUGUUGUCCACAAAUGUUAAGCUGUGGUGGAGUAUGAUCCUUUUAUCCUUAGCCAUACCUCAAAUUUGUGAUGGUGGGUGGGAUGUCCAUUCUUGACAUCGCACAAGUUUCAGAAAUGCCAGCAUGUGUUAUAUACGCUGGCCUUUAGAACUCAGUGGAGAAAUUGUGAUUGCUGUGUGUUUGUUGUCUGACUGCCUGUUAAAAGCCUUUUGUCUUCUGCCUAGCUUGUGUGGCUAAGGAACUGUGAGGUGCCAUCAGCUAAAGGAUUUAAAUGUAUUUACAGAGAGUUGCCUGUCUGUCUUUAGUUUGAAAUUUGCCAAACACACAUUAGUAAAAGUGAAUGUUUCAAGGCAUAAGAUAUCUGCAUAACUUAACAUCAUUUUAUUUUGUCUCACAAGAGCUUUUUAAAAAAACAUAGGCAGAAACUUUUUUCUUUCUGCAACAGUCAUUUUGAGUGUUUUAUAGAACCCAUGACAACUGUAGACAAAUUGCUAGAUUUCCAGUAUGACUCUUCAGCAAGGGCUUCAAUAUUUUUAAAUGGAAUCUAAAGUAUAAAUUUGAAGCAUUUGCUGUAGUAGAUAUUUCCAAAUGGAUUUUAUAUCAAUUGUAUUGAAAACUUUAAAAUUCCAGAAUAAGAACUAUCUGGAACAUGCAAGUUGGAUAAAUCGCUUCACUAAUGUUUUCUUCCAAAUUUAGAUUCUGAAUUUGUCAAACAAACAUGUGCCUCUCUGAGAAACCUACUUGCAAAAAGUUAACGUAGAGGUCAAGAUACCUAUCCCUCUUUCAAAUUUGUUGACUUGAUAGAAAAAAGUGGCCUUUGGAGAGUUAUGUUUUCCUCUGAAAACAAUUGCACUAUAAAACACUGUCACCCAAAUAUGGGUGCUUGUGCUGCUGUUUAAUGCUGCUUUGUAUACCUGGAUUGAAGUGUGUGAAUUUGACACUAUAACACCCCACUGAUUUUACAAUCUUUUUUUUUUUUUGGGAAAGAUUUCUAAUGUUGCAAGAAAAAAAGUCUCCAUUAAAUUCACUGCGUUGAAUUUCUGUAUCUGGAUAUCAAGUAUGUAUACAGACUGAAUGAAUGAAACCUUCCUCCAUAAAGUGUUAUAUUAAAUAAAGGAGCAUGACCUCUUAGAA